GAAUGUGUGUGACCCUAACACGGGUUUACCAUUUUACCCAACCCAUUGACAUCCCUACUCCCAAACAUGGCCUAAGCUGCACUGGACGCAGGUCAAAGGUGCCUCUGGAUUUACAACCUUCAUUUCUUCUUUUCAGACUCGCCGUCUUCGUUAAACUCCGAAUCCUUCCCCGUCUGACCAGAAGCUUGGUACUAGCAAUGGCGUCGGCUAUUUCGAGAAACAAAUAUUGUUGGUUCAUUCGUCGCAGUCUCCUCUUCUACAAUCAGCACCACUGCAAGCUAAUUAAGGCAUUGCCUCCCUACAUUCAACGCUUCCAUGGAGUCCCGGACAUUCCCCAAUUUAGAGCCAACCCAGCCAUCUCAUCGGUUAGUUAUCUAGGUUAUGGAACGCAGCCGUGCACUAUAGUUCAAAGAUAUAUAUGUAACAGUACUACUGUUAAUCCUGAAAACCUAGCGCCAAAGAAGCCUGUAGAAUCUAAUUCCGAGGAGAGUGAGAAAUCUGGGGAAUCAAAAGGAACUGGUGAAGCCGGGAAGCCUGUUCGUGGCGGGCCUGUUUCAUGGUUGAGCUUUCUCUUGCUGAUUACGACUGGGGCAGGACUUGUAUUUUAUUAUGACAAGGAGAAGAAGCGGCACAUUGAAGAAAUACAUAAUGCCUCUGUUGCGGUAAAAGAGGGGCCUUCUGUAGGAAAAGCUGCUAUUGGGGGUCCAUUCAACCUUGUUGAUCAUAAUGGGAAGUCUGUUACAGAGAGAGACUUCUUGGGGAAAUGGACUUUGAUAUAUUUUGGGUUCACACACUGCCCUGAUAUUUGCCCAGAUGAGCUACAAAAGUUGGCUGUUGCAGUUGACAAAAUAAAGGAAAAGGCUGGGAUUGAUAUAAUACCAAUUUUCAUCUCAGUUGAUCCCGAGAGAGACACUGUUGAGCAAGUAGGAGAAUAUGUUAAAGAGUUUCACCCAAAUUUAAUUGGGUUAACUGGUAUGCCAGAAGAGAUCAGGAAAGUUGCACGUGCUUAUCGAGUGUAUUAUAUGAAGACAGAAGAGGAAGGCUCUGAUUACCUGGUUGAUCACUCUAUUAUCAUGUACUUGAUGGGACCAGACAUGGAGUUUGUAAAAUUUUUCGGGAAGAACCAUGACGUGGAUACACUUACAGGAGGAGUAAUUAAAGAGAUAAAGCAGUAUAAAAAAGUUUGAUUCCUUGAUCUUAUUAUACUUUUGUCUCAUGAAUUUUGUGGCAUCUGUGUCUCAAAGGCGAUUUUAGUUUGGUCUUCUUGUGUUCGAGUAUCUGUCUAGUUUUAUUAGAGAAAUGCUGCUUUAUAUGGUGAGACUGCCAAAACUGGAAUAAUUAUUCAGGUUGACCUUGGACAUAGACUUUAAGAGAAUAUUCCUGCUAUCUCAUCCCAUCAAUUUAAAUUACAACUGAACCUAUAAAUGUUGCCCUC